AUGUUGUCUUCGCGAGCAGGUAGAAGUGGCCGGCCCUCGGCCGGUCGCGAGAACGCACCACGUCAACACCACGAAAGCGCUCUGUCUCUACACCACGACGGCUUGCGACUUUUGGAAUAUAUAAAAGAGCAGAAUGUGAGAGUCCCGAGUCCUAUUAUCGACUACAUCCAGUUUGCUGUCUCGGUGGGCAAUGACAUACUGCAACAACCCAAGGAUGACUGGCGCAGGGCCACGGAGACCCUGCAGGAAAGUGUCCUUGCCAUGCAAAAGACCUCCACGCCUGUGGGUAUCCACGUUGAUGCUCAGGCGAUCGUUCGGAGACUGCCGGCCCAAAAGCAGCUGAUGCGGUUCGCAGCUUCCAUAAGCCGGUCAAUCGACCCCCGACAACCGUACAAGCUAGAUGACACCAGCCAUGUCAACGAGAUUCCGCGGAAAGUGACAAAAGGACUGUCGCACCACGCCCGUCGGGCACUGAAAGGCGUAAAAAAAUACGAGAAAGAAUACACCCGCGCGAACCAGAGAUAUCAACGGGCACAAUGUGAGUUCCGGAAUGAGUGGCAACGGCAGCGUAACCGCCUAGUGCGUGAGAACCUGGAACGAUAUAAGAACGAGCAGCCAGUGAUUGACAGUGAACGGCAACUGUCUGGGAAGCUGGUGGAUGAAGAGGUGUUGGGUGCUCUGGAGCGUACUGGGUAUAUCACUCCACAGCAUAUAAUUUUGAUUGACACUGUUCUGACCAUGCCGGGCUCAACUGUAAAAAAGGAAUAUCAGCGCCGGAUUGCUGCAGUCAAUGCGGCGCUUGCUUUCUGUGAUGUGGAAGAGGGGUCACCAAGCAGACGGCCAAUCUUACCCAGAAAAGGAAAUGCAGUGCCAUAG